AUGUUCAGGCAGCUCGCACGCACCGCGACAAGGUCGCUGUCGACCACUGCCAGAGUGCACAAAGACCCCUGGCCACUCCCCCACACGCCAGAGCAUCUCGCGUCGACGGUGACGCCGGAGGACCUGCCCGGCCUACCGCCAAUUCCAAGGCCGAAUGAGGCGCUCGAGACCACCCGCGCGCGCCUGGUCUACCAAAGCCGGAAGCGCGGCACGCUCGAGAGCGACUUGCUGCUCAGCACAUUUGCACAGGAGAAACUCGGGAGCAUGACUGCGGACGAGCUAAAGGAGUACGAUAAGCUGUUGGACGAGCCUGACUGGGAUAUCUACUACUGGGCUACGAACAAGCGUACACCACCCGAGCGCUGGCAAAACUCCCCUAUCUUGGACAAGCUGAGAGUGCACGCCCGCAACGAGGGGAGGGCAGUGAGGCGCAUGCCAGAUCUGGAUUAG